GUCAAAUGUGAAAGUGGGAAAUGUGAAAAAAGAAGAAAACAUUUUAUUUUAUUUAUUUUACGAAAAUACACAAAUAAUUUCUAAAAAUAGUGAUUUUAAUUUAAAAUAAUUGUUAAAAGUAUAUAUUUGAAAGUGUAACUCAAAAUGAGUACUGAAAUAGACAUCAAUGCCACUGCCACCGACCAGGGCGACAAUGAACCGUCUAUAGAUCCGGAAGAAUUGGAACGUCAGGAACGUGAAGAACUAAAUGCGUUCAUAGUCGAAUUAAAAGCUAAGAUUGUGGCAAAAUCUCAUUUACGCUAUGAAAAUACUAAUUUUGAUUUACCUGAAGAUACCUACUUUGCCAAAUUGGAUUCAAGUCUGAAACGCAAUACAGCUUUUGUUAAGAAGUUGAAACAAUUUACUGCCGCUCAAUUAGAUAUCCUAAUGAAAGAUAUGAAAGGAUUAAAUUUGAGUAAAUAUAUUUCGGAAAUAUGCUCAGCUCUAUCGGAAGCUAAAAUUAAAAUGACAGAUGUUCCGGCAGUGGUAUUACUUUGUUCAAAGUUGCAUCAAACCUAUGCGGAUUUCGAUAAUGAAUUCUUUGAGGCCUGGCAGAAGACUUUGGUGCUUAAAUCUGGUGAAAAAAUCUCAAACCCAAGCAAGCUUCGAGUAGAUUUGCGUCUAUUUGCCGAACUUGUCAGCUCGGGGGUUAUAACCAGUAAACAGGGUUUAGGCCUGUUGGGCAAUGUACUGACCUAUGUAAUUUCCCAGGACAAAGAAGAUCACAGCAAUUUCUCUAUUAUUUUAUCAUUUUGUCGUCAUUGUGGUGAAGAGUAUGCUGGUUUAGUGCCAAGAAAAAUGAUCGAUUUAGCUGAAAAAUAUGAUAAUCCAGAAAUUCCAAAAUCCGACUUUUUACCCUCUGACAAGCAAGAGAAUUUAAGAAAAUUGUUGAAGGAUUAUUUUAAAAACUUGUGCAAACACUUGCUGUCUGAACAAGCAGAGCUAAAGAACAUGACAAAUAAUCUCAAAAAAGCUAUGGCUUCCAAAGGUGAAAUUUCUACAAAAACAAAAGAAAAAUGCGAACUAAUGCAAGCAAACUUUGAUAAACUAUUAUCAUCCGCACAAACACUAUCGGAUUUAUUGGACGAACCUUUGCCGGAAAUGGCUAAGGAAACUGAAAUUUGUAAUCCUGGAGCAGUAAUUGAAAAUAUGAUGGAUGAUGCAGCUCUAGGAGAGCUUGAUCCAUGGGGUGAUGAAGAAACAAAGAGUUUUUACAUCGAUUUACCAGAUCUCCGGCAAUUUCUGCCAAAUUUUUCGGCACCCAAAGUGGAUCCCGAACAAAUUGAGGAUACCUCAGAAAUGACUGAAGAGGCAUUGGAUGCAGACAUAGACAAUGAUAUCGACUUAGAUGAUCCACCAUCAACAACAUCAGAUCCACCCAAUGAAAAAGAUCAAGGGGAUAUUGAUGAAGCUGUGGGAGCAACAGAAAAGUUACCAGAUAAGAUUGGAAAUGCUUUGAUGGAAGUAGGGCGACAAAGUAAUCAAACACCUGGUUCAAAUAAGCAACAGUUUGCACAAUUUUUAAAGAACUUAAAUAAUUGUGUCAAUAAGGAACUAAUAGAUUCGGCCGCUAUUGAAUUUCUUCUGAAUUAUAAUACAAAAAAUAAUCGAAAAAAGCUAACAAAGUCUAUAUUUGCAGUGCAUAGAAAUCGCUUAGAUCUUUUACCGUUUUUAUCGCGCUUUGUGGCUAUUGUAAAUCUCUGCAAUACUGAUGUGGCUUUGGAUCUUUCGGAAUUAUUGCGCAAGGAAUUCAAAUGGCACAUACGCAUGAAGAACCAGUUGAAUAUUGAGUCUAAAAUAAAAAUUUUGCGUUUCAUGGGUGAAAUGGUAAAAUUUGGUUUAUUGAAGAAGUUUGAUGCCUUAAGCUGUUUAAAAGUCCUCCUAAGAGAUUUUCAACAUCAUCAAAUUGAAAUGGCUUGUGCCUUCAUAGAAGUUGCCGGCAUCUAUUUAUACAACUGCAAAGAUACACGUUGGCUCAUGAACACUUUCCUCGAUCAAAUGAUGCGUUUGAAAACUGCUACGGCUCUUGAUUCUAGGCAUGCGGCUCAAGUCGAGAAUGUGUUUUAUUUGGUAAAACCUCCAGAGACUGUAAAACAAGAUGUGGUAUUAAGGCCUGUUAUACAUGAGUAUAUAAGGCAUUUAAUAUUUGAAGAGUUAAAUAAGCAGAAUGUUGAUCGUUGCAUAAAAAUGCUAAGACGCAUUAAUUGGCACGAACCCACCAUAAGUAACUAUGUUAUUAAAUGUUUGUCAAAGGCUUAUCUAUUGCGAUUCCCUCUAAUACGGUGCUUGGCUGAUCUUCUAUCGGGUUUGAGCUCAUAUCAAGAGAAAGCGGUUACUAUGGUUAUAGACAAUGUGUUUGAGGAUAUUAGAGCUGGUCUGGAGAUCCAUUCACCAAAAUUGGCACAACGACGCAUAGCUAUGGCAAAGUAUUUGGGAGAACUUUAUAAUUAUAAGCUAGUGGAAUCCACCAAUAUAUUAAAUACUCUUUACUCCAUAAUUUCCUUGGGUGUUUCCACCGAAGAUGAUGCGAUUUCAGAGUUAGACCCUCCCGAUAGUUUGUUCAGACUAAAGUUAGCUUGUGUCUUAUUGGAUACAUGUGGUCCAUAUUUUACCAGUUCUGGCAGCAAACAAAAGUUGGAUUACUUUUUAGUGUUCUUUCAACACUAUUAUUGGUAUAAAAAAUCGAAUCCAAUAUUUUCAAAAGUGCAAGAUACCCACGACUUGUUUCCAAUAUUAGUGGACCACAUGUAUCGUGAUUGUUUGUCCAAUGUUAGGCCUAAACUCAAACUUUAUAAAAAUCUUGAGCAGGCCAAGGAAGCCAUUAAAAAGUUGCAAGAAAAACUAUAUCCACAACUAAAGGAGUUGACAGAACAGCAGAAUACAGAGGAUUCUGCAAAUUUGCAUCCAAUACCAGAAGAUAGUGAAUUUGAUGAUGCAGCCAGUGAUGAUUCUUCCUCCGAAUUAGAUAGAAGACCACGCGAUGAACGACGCGAUGAUGAGGACGAUGAAAAUACGGAAGAUGGUACAAACCAAGCAAAUACCACCGACUGGACUGAAAAUGAGGGUAUGCCCGAGGAUGAUUGUAAGCCGGCCGUGAGAACUAAGGAGGACUUGGAAUUUGAACAAAUGUUUGAAAAAAUGGCCCAAGAUAGUUACCAGGAACGUUUAAAGGAAACAGUUAAACCGAACACUAAAGAUAUACCCGUACCAAUGAUGGUUAGAAAUAACAAAAAGUCAUACGAGCAAAUAUCCUCAGCCUCUGCUGCCGCUGCAACAUCUGUAGCCACUCCAGCUCCCAGCAAUGAAACUAAACCUGCCAAUGCUGCCACCAUACCAUUUGUUUUAAUGGUACGUAGCGGCAAGGGUGGUAAACAACAAUUUAAACAGUUUGUAGCUCCCUCCGAUUCUCAAUUGGCCAUAAAUUUGAAACUACAAGAGGAAAAGAUACGCGAAGAAAAAGAAAGGGUCAAACGUUUAACACUGAACAUAACCGAUCGCAUUGAAGAGGAAGAUUAUCAGGAGUCUUUAAUGCAAUCGCAACGUGGUAACCAGCCAAAUCUGUAUGCUCGCCCAAACAAACCAAAAUUUAAACAUCAAAAAGGUGCUCCCGAUGCUGAUUUAAUAUUUCAUUGACAUUUUCUGCAAUAGGUACAACAUUAAAUUGAAUGGACUUUUAUUCUCGUUAUCAAAACUUGUGUUACAUAUAUGUAAUCUUAGUGUGGCUCAUAGAUGCUUUCUAAAGGCAGAGUUUUUACAUAAUGGUCAGUUUUGUUAGUUUUCUUCUUUAUUACUGACAGUUGAGUUCUGAAUUUGGACUUUUACUGUUGGAUUUUGAACUAAAUGGAUCCUUACAAUUCAUAAUUUAAUCAUUAUAAAAUGAUAUACAAAAUAAAAGAUUUUUUAUUAA